UUAACAAGCAAUUCUGCCGAGGUUGAUGAAUUUUAAAGGAUCAGAAACGCGCAGAAAGUGUAAGACAAUUAAGUGUAGUCAGUGUAGCUACAAGGAACAGACCGAACAGACGUAUUUUGGAUAGCGUACCGCGAUUGUUUGACGAAACUCUUCGAAGUGUAAUUAAGUAUUUAUUCAACAAAAGUAAAUCAUGCCGAAAGUACGACGAAGCAAGAAACCGCCGCCCGACGGUUGGGAACUGAUCGAGCCGACGCUGGAGGAAUUGGAGCAAAAGAUGCGCGAAGCCGAGACGGAGCCUCACGAGGGCAAAAGAAAACAGGAGUCCUUGUGGCCGAUAUUUAAAAUCCACCAUCAGAAAUCUCGAUACAUAUACGACUUGUUCUACAGAAGAAAGGCCAUCAGUCGCGAAUUGUACGAUUACUGCCUGAAUGAAAAUAUCGCCGACAAAAACUUGAUCGCCAAGUGGAAGAAGGUCGGCUACGAGAACUUGUGCUGCCUGCGCUGCAUUCAGACGAGGGAUACAAAUUUCGGCACGAACUGCAUCUGCAGAGUGCCAAAGGGCAAGCUCGAGGAAGGCCGGAUAGUGGAGUGCAUACAUUGCGGUUGCCGAGGAUGCUCGGGUUGAGUGCGACGCUCCCCUGUACUCGAUGUUCACUCGCAACACGUGAGCAUUUUUCCGGAGGGCAGAGAUCAUGAUGACCGCACCGAGACGCAUCCUCGGCAGGCGCAUCAGUU